AUAACGUGAAAUAUACUUUUCUUCUGGCAGCGCAGUGGACCCAUGAGAAGAGUUGUCGUUAAAAAAAUCACUGGACAAUCACUGUCUCACCCGGCUUGAAUUGAAGUCCUUUUGAUAAGGACCCACAGUGAAAAUGGCUGAAAAGGAGAGAGAGGUAAAGGCAACAUUGAGCCAGGAAUCUAUCAAAGUGAUUGGUGAAUGUGUGGGCGUGUCCUCUCUUAAUGAAGAAGUGGCUACCUUUCUUGCUGAUGACGUUACUUUCAGAAUUAAGAUGAUGAUACAGGAAGCAGCCAAAUUCAUGAGGCAUGCUAAGCGAGUGAAGUUAUCUACUGCUGAUUUUGAUCAUGCCAUCAGAGUUCAGAACAUUGAGCCAUUGUAUGGUUUUAGCACCGAGGAGCACAUUCCUUUCCGCUAUGCGAGUGGAGGAGGAAGAGAGCUUCACUUUGUUGAAGAGAAGGAAUUAGAUCUCUCUGAUAUCAUCAAUUCAUCCAUGCCUAAGAUUCCACUAGAUGUUAGUCUCAAAGCUCAUUGGUUAAGCAUUGAAGGAACUCAGCCUGCCAUUCCAGAAAAUCCACCUCCUGUGGACACACAUACCCAGAAAGUGGAAUCCCAGGAUGCAUUGCAUACCAAGAAACCUUCAGCCAAGGCAGAGAAGAAGUCUGGUAAAGGUGACAUGGGAAAGACUGCUGCUGCAUUGCUUGCAAAGGCUAAAGGUCUCACAUCAGAUCCGGUCAAACUCAAAGGUGUCCUUGUCCAUGAACUAUCUGUAGAGCAGCAGCUUUAUUACAAAGAGAUCACUGAAGCUUGUGUUGGUUCCUCAGAAACAAAGAGAGCUGAAGCACUUCACAGUCUAGCGAGUGACCCAGGCUUAUAUCAGGUGGUACCAAGAUUCAGUAUGUUCAUCGCCGAAGGAGUCAAGGUUAAUGUCGUCCAGAAUAACUUAGCAAUCCUUAUUUAUCUCAUGCGCAUGGUCAGGGCACUCAUGGACAACUCAACACUCUACCUUGAAAAAUAUCUUCAUGAACUGAUCCCAGCCGUAAUGACAUGUAUUGUGAGUAGGCAACUUAGUCUUCGUCCAGAUGCUGAUAAUCAUUGGGCUCUGAGAGACUUUGCAGCUAGGCUUAUGGCUAGUAUGUGUAGGAAGUUUAGUACAACAACAAACAACAUGCAAGCAAGAAUCUCAAAGACAUUUGAUGAAUCGGUCUCGAAGGACAAAGCUCCUCUUGCUACUAUCUAUGGAGCCUUGGUCGGUCUUGCUGAACUUGGCCCAGAGGUAAUGAAGACAUUGGUGAUUCCUAAAGUGAGGAUGUUAGGAGAACGUCUGAGGACCAUGUCUGAGAGUCUGAUUAUCAGUAACCCUGAUAAGAUAGCAGCAGAACAUCUCAAACAGCUUGUACAGAAACAUUGCGCACCAUAUUUGAAGGGAGUUAGAAGCACACCUGAUGUUCUUCAUGAAUACGAGGAGGAGUUUGGUUACCUAGGACCUUUUCUCUUCUCUCAUGUCACUAAGCUACGGUUUCAACCCAGCACUGCUACAACACACAGCGGCUCAACCCUGACAACAAGCAGACCUAUUAUACCAAUACCUCAGGGACGACCCUCUUCCAUCAUCACCUCUGGUAGAUCUCUAUCAUCAUCUAGCUUUAGCCCUAAGACACCAUCCCUACUUUCACCAACGGGAAGUAGUCUACAGAAAACCCUAUCCUCAGGAAGCACACCGUCUAGUCAACCAAAGUAUGUUCUGGUCUCUGCUACAGGAUCUGGGAGGAACUCAUCACAAACUAGUCCUGUUUUGAGCGGUCCUUCUACACCAACAUCCAGUGUCUUCAAGUUAAAUACCAAGUCAUUAUCAAAGUCCCUAAGCUCUUCACUCUCAUCAUCACUGUCCUCUAAUCAGACUAUUGUGAUGUCACCUUCAGGGACUGUCAAGACUGAGAGAAAGUCACCACCUGUUACAACCACUGCUUCAGGAACGACUAAUAUGCUGAUGUCUUUAGCUCAGGCUGCUACCAUGCAGACUCCCAUUAGAUCAUCAAGCAAUGAGGAGCAGUCUCAAGGAUCAUAGCAGAAACUGUACAGAUCUGCAUUUUGAGUUGUCCAAGUUAAUUGGGUGUUGAAGGACACUGCUGCAAUGCAAACACCCAAUAGAUCAUCUAGUAGGGAUUCUGAGUUUCAAGGAUCAAGAAAAAAGAUCAUAUUACAAUCACUGCAGUGUCAUAGGAGACCAGACACCCUGUGGAUCUAGCAAGAAUUUACCAUGAUUGUUGGGGAACCAAUUUUGCUUAGGUUCAUUUUGCAUGUAAUGAAGGCCACACUGGAGGAUCAUAGCAAAUUCUGUUGUUUACUCCUACACAAACGAUAUGCCUCUAGCACACAAUGCAAUGGGCAUUAUGUUUUACUUUCCCCAGAAAUGGGGGAUUAGAUUCAAAUUCCCGGGGGGACCACUUCCAUUGAUGAGUGGAUACCAGGCACGACCAUGCGGUUUCGAAAAGCACCCUAAACAAGGGAAGCAAGGCUUUUCCAGAUGAAUUGAAAAUGCUGGAAAAUGCAUCUCUUAACAAGUAUUUAGCUUGUGACACCCUACAAGUAUUGAAAACAUAUCCUCCUUUUCAGUAUUUUAAACAUCGUUUUUGACACCCUUAUAACGUUACAUAAGCCUAUACGUAACGUACUUGCCCACUCUUUCCCUUUUUACGCCUGGUCGCGCCUGGUAUCCACUCUUCAAUGGAAGUGGGCCCCCCGGGCGGCCUCUCGAGCUCUGGGAGGAAACAAAUGUGGCUCUGGAAAGUCGACCUAGAUCGGAUAUAUAUCGCUAUUACCAUAGUAGCAACCAGAAUUUUGCACACGAAACGCAUGUUGAAUGUUUCCGUUGCAGAUGCGAAACAAACAAAAAAUCUCAUGUCACACAAUUUGCAUUGCAGGACAGAGUUUAACUUCCAAAAUCAACUAACGUCGUAAAUAAGCGUUCCCGUUCUCCAACGAAAGGUCGGGAACGUGAGUCAGAACAGAAGCUAGAUAUUUUUGCAGGUUGAAAAUCUCCUAAUCCUUCCACCCCUCCCCCUUAAAAAAAAAGAAAAAAAGAAUUGUUCACAUUGCUAGUGAUACCCAUUACAGAAGAAGUUCACACUAAUUGAUCAUUUGUGAUCAGACUCUAUCUUUCACUAAAAUAGAAAAUUCAAGUGUUGAUAAUCAUGCUUCUAAAACUGAGAUGAUUGAUGUAAAAAUCACCUUUUAUGGUAAUUUUAAUAUGUGGUAAAUGUACAGAAGAAAUUUGUGAAAAUAAGAAUUUUGUCUAUUCCAAUCCAAAUCAGUGCAAUGUUUGCUCAAAACAAAGAAGUUUAGAGAGGCAUUAUAAUCAUGGUGCGAUAUAAAGUUUCACAAUACAUCGCAGUCUAGUAUCAUUAAAUUCAUUGAAGUUUGAUUGUUUGUAUAUAAUAAUCACAUUUUGAAGCCA